ACGUUUGACUUAUUCCCGUGGAAAUUCAUAAAGCGUUCUAUAUUAGUUGCUGAGUUUAACACCUUCUCUGGACACUCAUCAUAUAGUCUUAUUUUUGGCCCAACUUCUUUUGUAAGGUCCCAUUCUUUACCUCAUUUAGAUAAAUCAGAUAGGUCUUUCUUGCUUAAUUCAUGAACAACUAAAUUAUAAGCACACCACGUGAAGAUUAGAUUUAAUUAGGACCUGUCCAAUGUCUUUACAUCCCAGUCCUUCUGUACUCCUAACCUUAAGCAAAUUGCUCAACCUCUAUAGGUCUAAGUAUUCUGUGUGUAAUAUGAAAGCUUUGAAUUAGGCCACCUUUCCGGCUUGUUUUUUAAAACGUGUCUGUGAUUCUGUGAAUUCCAUGACCCAUCACCUUCCUUUUCCAACUCUUCACCUUUUAAAUCCACUUUCCAUCUCUCCAGAGGAAAGGGCAUUGAGAGGAGAGGGAGCAAGUCCCUUUCACUAAAGCAGCCUGGUUUGAAAAAGCUGGUAAUCUCUGAACUGUCUCUUCCUUGAACGAGACGAUCUCCCUCUCAACUACCUUUUUCUCCUUCUGAUAGCAACAGAAACCAAGCAGCAACAGCCCUUGGAAAGAGGCUAAAUUUUUCUUGACUUCUGCAGCGACAAAGACCGUGAAAAGUUGGCACUUCUGGCCUAACGCUGCCAUCAUCCUACCCCUCACGCCAGGGCAACCCAGGCUGGACAUUUAGUGCCUCCCUCUUUACUUCUCUGUGAUCAUCCAGAUCAGCACUUGACUGUUUAUUUUCAAAUCUCACGAACCUCACCCCAAGAUCUUCACAUUCUGGUUCUCAGCUACUCUUGAAGUUUCGGCUUGCUGCAACCUCUGCCUCCUCGGGUCAAACGAUUCUCCUGCUUCAGCCUCCCGAGUAGCUGGGAAUACAGGACAGUGACUUGUUACCACCACAGCAGCAGAGCCUGCCAUCCCCAACAGAUCUCCAGUUGUCCCUGACAUCGUGCCCUACUUUCCCUCCUUUUGUGGUCUCCUAAAUGCCGAUUUCGUUGACCUUGGUUCGGCUGGUGGUAUGGAGGGGUGCUGCCUAGCACUGACCUGAGAGUGUGUGUGACCCACUGACCCAAUGGACAUCAAAGGCCAGUUCUGGAAUGAUGACGACUCGGAGGGAGAUAAUGAAUCAGAGGAAUUUCUCUAUGGAGUUCAGGGGAGCUGUGCAGCUGACCUGUAUCGACACCCACAGCUUGAUGCAGACAUUGAAGCCGUGAAGGAGAUCUACAGUGAGAACUCUGUAUCCAUCAGAGAAUAUGGAACUAUCGAUGACGUGGACAUUGACCUCCACAUCAACAUCAGCUUCCUCGAUGAGGAAGUCUCUACAGCCUGGAAGGUCCUCCGGACAGAACCUAUUGUGUUGAGGCUGCGAUUUUCUCUCUCCCAGUACCUAGAUGGACCAGAACCAUCAAUUGAGGUUUUCCAGCCAUCAAAUAAGGAAGGAUUUGGGCUGGGUCUUCAGUUGAAAAAGAUCCUGGGUAUGUUUACAUCUCAACAAUGGAAACAUCUGAGCAACGAUUUCUUGAAGACCCAGCAGGAGAAGAGGCACAGUUGGUUCAAGGCAAGUGGUACUAUCAAGAAGUUCCGAGCUGGCCUCAGCAUCUUUUCACCCAUCCCCAAGUCUCCCAGUUUCCCCAUCAUACAGGACUCCAUGCUGAAAGGCAAACUAGGUGUACCAGAGCUUCGGGUUGGGCGUCUCAUGAACCGUUCCAUCUCCUGUACCAUGAAGAACCCCAAAGUGGAGGUGUUUGGCUACCCUCCCAGCCCCCAGGCAGGUCUCCUGUGCCCUCAGCACGUGGGCCUCCCUCCCCCAGCACGGACCUCUCCUUUGGUCAGUGGUCACUGCAAGAACAUUCCCACUCUGGAGUAUGGAUUCCUCGUUCAGAUCAUGAAGUAUGCAGAGCAGAGGAUUCCAACAUUGAAUGAGUACUGUGUAGUGUGUGAUGAGCAGCAUGUCUUCCAAAAUGGAUCUAUGCUGAAGCCAGCUGUCUGUACUCGUGAACUAUGUGUCUUCUCCUUCUACACACUGGGCGUCAUGUCCGGAGCUGCAGAGGAGGUAGCCACUGGAGCAGAGGUGGUGGAUCUGCUGGUGGCCAUGUGUAGGGCAGCUUUAGAGUCCCCUAGAAAGAGCAUCAUCUUUGAGCCUUAUCCCUCUGUCGUGGACCCCACUGAUCCCAAGACUCUGGCCUUUAACCCUAAGAAGAAGAAUUAUGAGCGGCUUCAGAAAGCUCUGGAUAGUGUGAUGUCCAUUCGGGAGAUGACCCAGGGCUCAUAUUUGGAAAUCAAGAAACAGAUGGACAAGUUGGAUCCCCUGGCCCAUCCUCUCCUGCAGUGGAUCAUCUCUAGCAACAGGUCACACAUUGUCAAACUACCUCUCAGCAGGCAGCUGAAGUUCAUGCACACCUCACACCAGUUUCUCCUGCUGAGCAGCCCUCCUGCCAAGGAGGCUCGGUUCCGGACCGCCAAGAAGCUCUAUGGCAGCACCUUUGCCUUCCAUGGGUCCCACAUUGAGAACUGGCAUUCGAUCCUGCGCAAUGGGCUGGUCAAUGCAUCCUACACCAAACUGCAGCUGCAUGGAGCAGCCUAUGGCAAAGGCAUCUACCUGAGCCCCAUCUCCAGUAUUUCCUUUGGAUACUCAGGAAUGGGAAAAGGACAGCACAGGAUGCCCUCCAAGGAUGAGCUGGUCCAGAGAUAUAACAGGAUGAAUACCAUCCCCCAGACCCGAUCCAUUCAGUCAAGGUUCCUGCAGAGUCGGAAUCUAAACUGUAUAGCACUUUGUGAAGUGAUUACAUCUAAGGACCUCCAGAAGCAUGGGAACAUCUGGGUGUGCCCUGUAUCCGACCAUGUCUGCACAAGGUUCUUCUUUGUAUAUGAGGAUGGUCAGGUGGGCGAUGCCAACAUUAAUACUCAGGACCCCAAGAUACAGAAGGAAAUCAUGCGUGUGAUCGGAACUCAGGUUUACACAAACUGAGGGGGCCCCAGCCCUCGUACCACCCCUGUUACCCCAGGAUCCAUCUGCCCUUAUAAAAGUGUUCAGGUACAGCAACUGAGGCUGCCCUGAGGAAUCAAGGGGCCAUUACCAAGGGGCAGGAAAAGGAUAUGUAAGAGGUGGCCUUCAUGGUGGAGCUUGACCAAGAACUACUCCACAUUUGGAUGGCCCAGACUGGCUUCAACCCCUGACUUUCCCUUUGACUUCACCCUGUUUGUAAAUAAAACAAUAAAAUGGAAGGUGCUGUGGACUGGA